CCGAUCAAAUCUGCAACCCCAAUUUUUUUUUUUAAUUUUUUCAUUUUUUCCAUAGGUAAAGAAAAGGUAGUAGUGGCACACAGGUCAACCUAACCCGAGUAAUAGACAAGGCUCUUUAAGAAAGAGAGAAAAAGUAAAGAGAAUUUUCAUCAAUUUUCCACCUCGCCUCAAACAGUCUUAUAAUAAAAGUGUAAUACUUAUUAUACAACCUUGUAGUUAUGAGACACACAAAUUUUAAUUAGACCAAAUCUCACUCACUAUUUUUUUUUCUUUUUACCUAGUUUCAGAUUUCUUUCAUACACUUUUAUAGAUCUUCAAAAAAAUAAAACUAAAGGUAAUAUCAUAUCAUUUUCUUUCAGAAAAAAAAAGAGAAUAUUAAUAUUCUAAAUACUGUUGUACUCCGUAGUUAAUAAUAAUAUUCCCAAACAAAAAAAAAAAAAAAACCUACCUAUAUAUCUACAAGCUUAUCUUCUCCAUUUUCUCCAUUCUUCUUCUUCAUCCCUAACCAAGCAAAAAAAAAAGAGAAAAAGAGAAAGAAAAGAGAGAUUAUUAUUAUUAUUAUUAUUAUUAUUAUUAUUAUUACAUUAAUUUGAAAUCUCAAGCUAUGUUAAACCAAAGUUUAAUGGAAGAUCAUCAUCAAGUUGGAUUAUCAAGCUCUCAAAUGGGGUUUUACCUAAACUCUACAAAUCUAACUAGUUUUUCUCCACCACUUGUUCUAAAUCAUCAACAACAACAAUCUGAUGAUCUUAAACCCUUGAAUAAUUUUCUACCUUCUUCUUUUGGUUUAGAUCAUGUAACUUGUACUCUUACUCAAGCCCUCCUUUCUUCCACUAAGCCUAGACAACAAGAAGAUUACUUAUCCUCUUCUUUUACUAACAAUUUACCCCCUCUUUUCUCUCCUCAAAAACCAACCCCAAAUUACAACCUAUGGGCGGCGUGGGGUGAAGGGAAGGAGUACCAAUUAGCCGGGAGCAAGAGAGGGUGUAAUGGAGAUGAUCCAAUACUCGGGGUAUCGACCGUGAAGAUGAAGAAGAUGAAAGCUAGAAGGAAGGUUAGAGAACCAAGAUUUUGCUUCAAAACCAUGAGUGAUAUUGAUGUUUUAGAUGAUGGUUAUAAAUGGAGGAAAUAUGGCCAAAAAGUUGUCAAGAACACCCUUCACCCUAGGAGUUAUUACCGGUGCACACAAGACAACUGUAGAGUGAAGAAGAGAGUGGAGAGACUAGCUGAAGAUCCAAGGAUGGUCAUCACAACUUAUGAAGGUAGACACAUCCAUUCUCCCUCCAACGACCUCGAUGAAUCGCAAGGCGGCCAACCCCAGCUUAACAACUUCUUCUGGUGAUCAUUGAUCAUUAUGAUGCUACAAACUACGAAUUAUAUGAUUUAUAAUUAACCUAGCCUUUUCUCUUUGUGGUAUCAUGUAGUCGUUUAAUUACACUAAUUGUCGACGACAAACACGUACGUAUCGAGCUGCUGGUGUUGUUUUUAAUAUGCCAUGCCAAAUCCAAACCAAAAUCAUCCUUAAUAUAUACUAGUUGUUAUGUACUUAUGUUUAUCAUCAUUUAAGUAAAUGUCUAGUACGUAAAUUUGAUCUUUUUUUGCAUGUUCUUGUAUGUGGGUCGUCUAUUUUAUGGGAAAAAUAAUAUACCAAAGUAAAGCACUUGUAAAAUUUACUUUAUUUUUACUGUAGUUUCUUGAUAUAAGAGAAG